AUGUCCUGGCAAGCGUUGAAUUUAACGUACAACUUUGGUGCUCGCGUUGAUAUUAGUCUUUUCGGCUACUGGGAAGAUGCCGAUCGAUCUCAUUUUGUUCAAGUGGACUAUUUGGCGAAAGGUGUCACGAACUCUGGUUCCUACUCAUUUAAACCAGCUUCGCUUACACGGCAACCCCUGAUUAAGAAUGCUUGGCAAAAAUUCACAUUUGGAUUCGUGCGUGUAUCAUUGUCAGAUACAGAAGAUGGUGUUUUGUGGAGUAGGCCAACGCCGUUCCCUUGGUAUUAUUUACCGGAUUGGAAGAAGCACUAUGGCUUGAACUGGGCCUUGGAUAUGUGUAUUGAAUGGUUUGAGUACGAUGGUAAACGCAGAAAUUUCCAGAUGGAUCUCACAAAAGACAUCCCCUGCCCAUGUAAAAUGUCUCAGGCCCUGCUUGAUCUUGGUAGAUAA